AGCCAGAUUUGCAGACAACACUGAGUACCUGCUACUUCCAAACUCUCAGCACCUACAGGCACCCACAGGUGUCCCACCACAGCACAGGUGGCACCUUGCAGGACCCAGCGGCACCCUACUGCACCCGGGGACACUAUAUAGGACCUGAUAUCUGCAGACCCUACAGAACCUCCAGUUCCGAGAAAGCCAUCCAGAACCCAGAAGAACCAACACUACCCACCCCGACAAGCACCAACCCAGCGGCAGAACCAUGAGUUCCUUGUUUAAGAAACGGAACAAAUAUAGUCCCAAUCAGCAACCACCCAAAGUCAACUCCAACAAGGAGCUGUCAGAGCUGAUCGAGAGGCUGCAGAAGAAUGCCGACCAAGUGGAACGCUACGUGGUGGACACAGACACCAAACUGCAGGAGGACGUGGAUAAGCUUCUUGCCUCCAGACCACUAAGCUACAGGGACUACACCGGCGACACCAUUAAGGAAUCCGAGAGACUCGUGGUGGUACUGGAGACGGACGCAGUGCAGGCACGCCAGCUCAGUCACCCGCAGGCCGACAUGAUUAGCGAGGACAUUCGCCAACUAAAGGAACGCAUUCAGAUCCAGAAGAAGAAGCAUGACCAGAUUUAUAACCAAAAGAUACCGGUGGGAGAAGUUCCAAGAGUCGACUGGGGCAAACUGAUUGAUACUAAGAUGGAUCAGCUGAAUAACCAGGGGUUUGCCACAGAUUUGCCCAACCUGGAGAAACAGAUUGAAGAGCACAACAUCUUCAACAAUGAGGUCAAGGCCAUUGGGGAUCAAGUCAACAAGAACAGUGACAAGGAAUAUAUCAGCGGUCUGCAGGUGAAAUACCAGAAGCUUGCAUCUGCAUCCCAAAAGCGCCAGAGGGAUCUCGGUAGCCUGCAGGACUACAUGCAGCGUUGCACCAAUGAACUGUAUUGGCUGGAUCAGCAGGAGAAGGAACGCAUGGAAUACGACUGGAGCGAUCGCAAUAAGGACUACAUGAGCCGUCGGAGGCAAUACGAGAACUUCAUCCAACACAGCCUGGAGGCCAAGGAACAUGAAGUCAACAAUCUUCAGGAAGAAGGAGACAAGCUCAUUGCAUCAGGACACCCUGGAAAAAUACCAAUUGAGGCUCAUACUGAAGCAGUCCAUGCAGACUGGAAGGAGUAUCUGAACCUCCUGAUCUGUGAGGAGAGUCACUUGAAGUACAUGGAGGAUUACCAUCAGUUCUAUAGAGAUGCAAAAGAUGCUCAGGAUUUGCUGAAGAAAGUUGACAGUGAUAUAGACCAUAAGUAUAACCCAGACUACAAGGACCGUUACCAGAUCGAGGCUCAGCUACGUGAGCUGGAGGACCAGGACAAGGCUUUAGAUAAGUACGGGGAAGUUCUAGAGUCACUACAAAAGCGCAGCCAGCAGGUGGUGCCACUAAAGUUCCGCAGGGAGACCCCCCUGAAGCCAAUCCCAGUGGAAUCCUUGUGUGACUUCUACUCUGAAGAGGGUGAGAUUAGCCGUGGAGCGAGUUACACUCUGAAGGCCAACAGAGGGGAGAAAUGGGAGCUGACAGACAGCACUGGAAAGAAGUUGGUUGCACCGGCAAUAUGCUUCAUGAUCCCACCAACUGACCCUGAGGCUGUAGCACUAGGAGAGAGCAUCGGCAACCAAUACCGAGCAACGAAGCAAAAAGCCACUGGAUCUAAGAAUGCACUGCUACAGCGCUUGGAUGUGCAAAAGAAAGAAACCAGUCAGGUUGCUACAAGUGCCCACGAUACUCAAGGGCGUCAACUGCUUGCCGGAUUGGACAAAGUUGUAAGCGAUUUGGAAAGGCAAGAGAAAGCCAUCAGCUCUCAACUGCGCCCCCCUCUGGAGCAGAACCGAGCAGUGCAGGACAGCUCAGAGAGGCUGAAGGAGCUCAAGAAUAUCUCAAACGAAGUGCUGCGUAUUGAACCUGAAAAGGUCCAGAAGGUCCAAGAGUGUGAGGUGUUCCUGCAGAAAUCCCCUGAUGUCUCUUGCUCACCCAUCUUGAGGAGCAAAGUGGGAGAAACCAACAAGAAGUAUGACAGGGUCAACGAUCUUCUCUCAUCGGCUCAGGACAAGAUAGAUGGGUCCAAUCGCUUGGAAGGCAGCCUCCAGAAGGCCAGAGACCUUCUCUCCAGCUAUGAAUCCAAACUCGCCUUAGAUGACACAGUUCCAGAAGAUCCACAAGCCAUCGACAGAAAACUACAGGAGUUAUCGGCAAUGAGCUCCGAGCUGCAGAAGAGCAGAGCAGUUUUCGCAGAGGCCGAACAGAACCUCUACAACAGUCGGACGAGUUGCAACAACCUGGCCAACCGCUUUCAAGAGCACUGUCCUGACAUUGAGCGCCAAGAGGCUGAAGUGUCCAAACUCAACCAGCGCUACAGCCAGUUGGACCAGCAGCUCCAGAACAGGUCUCAAGGCCUUCAGAAAGCCAAGGUUGCCUACUCUGGUUACCGCAACAACUAUGACCACAUGGAUCAGUGGCUACUGAAUUUGCCGAACUACGAGCCCAAAGAGACGGACAGUGUCAAGCAAGUGGAGACCAAACUGAAAAACCAGAAACUUCUAGUGGCUGAGAUUGCAGACAAAGAGCAGGACAUGCAGCACGUAUCAAGCAGCGCCCAGCAGUACCAGCAAGCAGUGAAGGAUUACGAGCUUGAAGCUGAGAAGUUGCGGUCAAUUCUGGACAUGGAAAACAGGAGAAACACCUACAAUAAACGUCCUAAAAUCCAGUCAUCCGCUGCCAAAGUGAAAGAACAGGAAGCAGAUCUGUCAGCAAGAUACACUGAAUCCAACGCAGUGAACAAGCAGAGGUUACAGACAUUGGAAUUUGCCCAAAGCCUUCUGCGGCAGCAGCCAGAGGCAGAAAUACGCCAAGAGUCAGUUCAGAUGAUCCGGUCUGAGAAACCAGCCGAGGAGACCUGGAAAGUCAAAAAGAUGUUAGAUGAUGAGGUGCAGCGCCGGCAGCAGUUGGAAUUGGAGGUGAAGAGCACCCAAGAGGAGAUUGUUCUUCUACAGAACCAGAAACCUCAGGAGACCAUAGUGAAAAAGGAAGUGUUGAAGAAAGUACCAGACCCACAACUGGAAGAAGAAUAUCGCAAGAUUCUUGAGAGAGUCUCGGAAGAGCAGCGCUUAAACAAGUCUUUGCACGAUGAGCUUGAAUCCCUAAAGCUGAAGGUACGUGCGCUGGAACAUGAGCAAAAAGAAGGUGGUCAACAAUACAGAGUCAAGGAGGUCCUAAGGAUAGAAAAAGAUAAGGCACAGCAGGAAGAAUACUUGAGACUCAGAGAGGAGUUGGAAGAGCUGAAGAGGCAGAAAGGGGCCAAACAGAGCGAGAUAGCAAGCUUACAGGAACGCAAAGUUAUCCUGUCAGAAGAAAAAAAUAAACAGCAGGAGAAAGUCACAGAGAAAGAGGUUGUCAAAAUGCAGAAUGACCCACAACUGGCUUCGGAAUAUAAACGUCUUCAGGAGAGUAAACAAAAGGAAAGCACUCAAAGGCAGAAGGAGGAAGAAGAGCUCCAGCUUCUGCAGGAGAAGUUAAAACGCCUAGAGAAAGAGAGAGCUAUGGCUGAGGGCAAGAUUACAGUAAAAGAAGUGCUUAAAGUCGAGAAAGAUCUGGCCACUGAGAGGGAGGUGGCUGACCUUCGCAGACAGUAUGACGAAGAGACUUCCAAGACACGAAAUGCUCAGAGGGAAAAGAAUGAAUUGAACCGAAAGAUAAAUAUUUUAGAAGAGGAGAAUGCCAGAGUCGUGGUUCAGGAGAAAGUAAAGGAAAUUGUACGUCCAGACCCUAAAGCUGAAAGUGAACUGGCCAACCUACGCCUGGAGGUGAUAGAGCAACAGAGGAAAUACAGAACAUCUGAAGAGCAACUGAAAAGUGUGCAGAGCGAGCUGGCAACCUUACAGAAACGUGGUCCACAAGUAGAGACAAAAGAAAUAAUCAAGGAAGUCAUUACGCACAAGACGGACCCCGAGGUCUUGUCAGAAUUGGAGAAGCUCCGUGGGGAGAUCUUAGACAAGACACGAGUCAUAGAGCGUUCAGAGUUAGAAAUCACACAGCUAAAACAGGAGAUUCAAAGCUGGAUAGAUACAAAGCCUCAAGUUCAGAUCAAGGAGGUUAUUCAAGAGGUCCUUCAAUACCGUGAAGACCCAGCCACCAAGAAAGAAGUGGAGACCUUGAGAGCAAAGUUGGCUGAAGAGCAGAAGAAAUGCUUGGAACUAGAAAAAGAGAGAAUGACUCAAGAGGACAAAAUAAGAAAGAAAGAAAUGGAACUAUCACAAGUGAAGGAAAAAGUGGUUCAGCAAGAGGUGGUGAAGCUUGAAGAAGAUCCUACCCUGAAGGCAGAAGUUAACAGCUUCUCCAAAACCAUAGAGAAUGAGCUGAAGCAGAAGGACUCCCUGCAGGAGGAACUACGCAAGCUGCAGUGGAGGAAGUCAGAGCUGGAACGUCAGCUUGAGGAGCUAGAAAAGGAGAGGCAGGCUAGGCGAGAGGCUGAGCUUGAGAUUAAUAAACUGAAAAUCAGGCUGACUGAACUGGAACAGAGAGAAAUAGAGACCAAAGAGAAGGUUACAUUGCAACAGAAAGUUGUUCUGCAACAAGACCCACAACAAGAAAAGGAGCAUAACCUUCUGAAGCUCCAAGUGGAAGAAGAAAAACACAAGCGGCAGCUGAAGGAGGCUGAACUUGAAGCACUGCAAAAAAAACUCAUCUCAUUGGAGAAGAUGGAACUAAAGGAAAAGGUUGUAUUUACAGAGAAAAUAGAGGUUGAGAAGGAUCCUAAAACAGAGCAAGAGAUCCAGAGGCUGAAAAUCAGCUUGGAAGACGAGAGUAAAGCCAAGAGAGAGCUGGAUUCAGAGGUGAGUCGUCUUCAAGCCCGUCUUUCUGAAAUAGAAUUCAACAACUCCAAGGCCAACAAAGAACUUGAAUACUUGAGAGAUGAGGUCCAUAAACUACAGAUGGAAAAGCAAAAUCUGCAGCUGGAGACCCGCCACCUCCACUCCGAAAUACAGAUCACCAUGAAGGAAGCUCAAGAUAUCCGAAACAUGACUCAAGUCGACAGUGGAGCGAACUUGGAUUCUCGCCUCCUCUGCCUGGAAGAAGAGCUGAAAGAGCUCCAAAUGAUCUCCAAAGACAAAGAUGCAGAGAUUGAGCAACUGCAAAAGCGUCUGGAAACCAUGACAAUCAAGAAGGAACAGAGAGAGAACCACCUUCGCCGUUCCAUCGUCGUCAUCGACCCAGACACCGGAAGAGAGAUGUCGCCGGAGGAAGCCCGCAGAACAGGUCUGAUCGACUGGAGUAUGUUUGUCAAACUUCAGAACCAAGAGUGCGACUGGGAAGAAACCACCAUCAAGGGGCCCAACGGCGAAUCCUCCGUGAUUAUCGAUAGGAAAUCAGGCAGGAAGUUCGACAUCGAAGAGGCCCUGAGACUGCGGCGCAUCACCAGACGCCAGUACGACAGUUACCUCAACAAGGAAAUGUCCAUCCAGGAAUUUGCAGCCUUGGUGUCUGGGAGACUGUAGGAGAAAACAAUCAGUUGCAUUAUAUUACGCCCAUUAAGGGGAUGUUACGGACAUUGAAUCAGUACAACUGCCCCGUGUUUUCCUGUUACCCGUAGCGGGACUUCCUUUCCACGUUUCUUCUACUUUAACUCCUUUUAUAGUUUGUAGAAACGAUAUAUUUUCACACGGACAUGGGUUCUGACGACCUUCUGCCCGUGUCCUGUGGCAUCCCUUUAACAGCCAGUGAGGGGGGAGUGGCCAUAAGUGUACCCCAUAGUUCCAGUAUAUUCUUGGUGUAGAUAUGAAGCCAAAGCUCAUUAUGGAACAUGCACUAAGCAGGAUAAUCACUUCGACUGUAUAAACCAGAUGCAAAACCCACAGAUUGUAUUGGGGCUUAUCACCCCCUUGUGAUAUAGAGAAAGGAUAGCGGAUGCUUUAGAAAAGCACAGCUCUGUCUUCUGUCACUUUUUCCAGCCAAUGAUGUGCCUUACUAACCCAAACCUGUCCCUGUGUGAUAUCAUGGUGCCAUGGCACCCCUUUUUCUGUAUAUCUUAUUCCAUGGUGGGAUCGGAGAAAUAGUCAAAUGUAUUUUAUUUAUGUAAUGCUAAUAAAGAUGUGGUGGUUCUGAA